UUGUAGCUUUAAAAAGAGAUGUGGGACAAACCAUAGGGUUAAAGGAGCACUAAGAACUGAUUGUGCUCUGCUUUCAUAUAUGCUAAAGUUAGAAGGAAGCUAGAAUGGAAACACUUGUUUUUCUGUUUCCUCAAUUGAACUUUUUUGCACCAAAAGAGGAAGCAUAUUUGAAAAUGCUCGGUCCUGAGGACUUGUUGGCACCGAGAAUGAAAGCUUGUAAUUUCAGAUUGAAAGACAAGAAGAGCCGACUGAGCCUUCUGCUGACCAAGUCAGGCUCCCAUGAAAACAUCAGUCCAGACAAAAAGACAGCCACCACCACCAACAACAUCUCACCAGAGGCAGCGUUGAGAUGGAGCGACUCCUUUGAAGAUCUGAUCAGACAUUCAGACGGAGUGGAGACAUUCUCUCAGUUCCUCAGGACAGAGUUCAGUGAGGAGAACAUUGAGUUCUGGUUGGCCUGUGAGGAGUACAAGACCAUCGACUCGGAAAUCCGGCUCAUCUCCAAAGCCAAGCACAUGUAUUCUGUCUUCAUUGAAGCCGAGGCCCCAAAAGAGGUCAACAUCGACUAUGCCUCCAAGGUGGCCAUCCAGAAGACCAUGGCUUCGCCGACGAAUACCUGCUUCGAUGCGGCGCAGAGCAAAGUCUACAGCCUGAUGAAAAAAGACUGCUACCCAAGGUUCCUCACGUCAGACAUCUACCUGCACCUCACCAAGAGGAAAGGCCCCGGGACCACCAUGUACCGCCGGAGGUCACGGUCCUGCGUUUUCAAUGAGCCGCGAGGGGAGGCCACCAGCGACUCCUCUGACUGGUUGUAGCAUCGUAAGCCAAGAGUAGCACAAUAU